GGCCGCAGCCGCCCUCCGAGGCCGCCCCCCCUCGGCUCGGGUUACCUGGGCGGGCCGCGGCGCGGCUCUUCCCGUCUGGCCCGGCCCCCGCGACGGGAAGUGCGAGCGUGCGGUCGGUCGCUGUCGGACGGAGGGAGCGGUGGAGCGAUGGAGAGCCGGGGUUCGUUCGGAGCUCCGCUGCGGUGUCGGUUGCUGUUCCUCGCCGCGUGUUUUGCGGUGGCGGCGGCGGUGGUUGCAGGAGAAAAAGUUCUUCCCCCUCCAUCCAACCUCAACUAUUCAUUUAUCCAAAUCUGCACCUUGAACUGGACGUGGAAUCCCCCGGAGAACAUCAGCAGUAGCUGUGACCUGGAAUAUUCCAGUGACAUCCUGAUCGAUGAGGUGUCUCAGCACAAAAACGAGUGGAGAAAGAGUCUCUUUCGUGUGACUGACACAGUCUUGAAUAAGGAGAUGCGUUUCAAAGUGAGAAGUGAGUGCAAGAACAGUAAUGCCACCAAUCACAGCCAAUGGGUGGAGACCUCUGUUCCACCAAAAGGUGUUCCAGGCACUGCUGCUGUUGGCUUGAGCUGUGUCUGGCACAACCUGGAGUACAUGCUUUGUAUGUGGCAUCCUGGAGAGAAUGCAAGUAGGGAUACCAAUUACAGUUUAUUCUACUGGUUUGAUGGUUUGGAAAGACAUAAAGAGUGCAAAAAUUAUUCUGUGAGCCAAGGAAGCUUUGAAUGUGCCUUCAGUUUUGCCUUCCCUCAGGCUGCCAAUAGGUACCCACUGAUCAGUAUAUUGAUCAGAGAUGACUCCGAAAAUAUUAUGCCUGUAUGCGUGACUGAAAAUCCUACCACCCUUGUAAAACCUGCCACACCAACGAUAGCUAAACUAUCAUAUGUUAACAAUGGAAUUCACCUGCAGUGGAGUGAAUCGGGCACCAUUCCAGCAAAUUGUCUCAGUUAUGAAGUGAGAUACCACAAGGGUGACUUGACCACUGCUCAGACAAUUCAAGUUAAAUUUAAUUCUACAUCGAUUCCUAGUGUUGACCCUAAUAGCAAGUAUACCUUCCAAGUGAGAGCACAGCCCAAGGUUGAAUGCUACAGCAGCAAAUUCUACAGUGAUUGGAGCGAAGAAAGGAGCAUCGGUGAGAACCCAAACUCUGCGUUCAAUUUUCUUUUAAUUAUCACCAUUCCAUUAAUAGUGACAGUGUCCACAAUAAUCCUACUUGUUUACCUUAAAAGGCUUAAGAUAUUAAUUCUUCCCCCAAUCCCGGACCCUCGGGAAAUCCUGAAGCGCAUGUUUGGGGAGCAGAACGAGGAUCCCCAGAGCUGUGCAAAGGAGGACUGUAUGAGUGGUUACGACAGGUUAAUCAAGGAAGAAGAAAUUCAUUCUUUAAUUUUAAUAGAAACUCCUGAAUCCUCUAAUUCUGAAAAAGAGCACCGAUAAACUGCUUUCAGAAUAGAAGAUAAGUGAAGAUUUCCAGAGUUGCUCCUUUAACUCAGGUGACAAAGUGGAUGUGAAAAGGCCUGUGGACCAUUCACCAACUCCUACUUCUGGAGUCCUUUCUGAGCCUUAUUUCUUUGAUGCUCAGAAGAUGCAUCACCAUUGUUGGCCAUUCUUCCAUCUCUGCUAGCAAAAUUCAUCUUGGAUCCUUUGAGAUGAGCAUGUACAUAAAUUUCAUCUGACUGCAUUGCAGUGUUUUUUGUUCAGCCUCUGACCUGCUCUGCCCUGCUCCUUGUCACCUGCACCUGUGUUUGUGCUGCACAGUUUGUAAGCGUUGGCUGCUUUUUGUCAGGUUUUGUUUGUUUUGGAGCAUGUGCUCCAAAGUGUUUGGCUUUGUUCCUCAGCAGGUGAGGCAGGGUUUGAUUGCAGCAGGUGAGUCACUGUUGAGCUGCACACGGAGCUGCCAAUAGAUGGGAUGCAGAGCAGCGGCCCUUUGGGCGCCCUGGGCAGGGGGUUUGCAGGAAACAUCCAUGGACUGACCUUCCCAAGCUGUGCUUCAGCUGUGGGCUGAAUAAACCCAGUAUGAGAGUUGCUUUUUCUUGAGAUAUGUGUGAGACACCUCCUCACCUUCCAGCUGGUAUCCAGACUGUUCACAGAAGACUCGCUUUGGCUUUUUUUAUCCUUUCAAGUGCCUUAGCUACAAGGCCUUCAUGAACUUUGAGUGUUAACGAAACUUCUUAAGUGAUAACCAUUAUCUUUACCUCUGUUUUGCGGUGGCUGGUGACUGUCACCAGACUGUCAUCUUGUUCUGGCCAUAUUGGCCAAGUGACUACAGGAGCUGAAUCAUAGGGAGUUUAUCCAGCAGAAUUACCAGGGUGGAUGCUUGAGUCCUAGACCACAGAAAUGAGUGAAUGCGAAGACUUCAAGAUUUGCCUGUACUGCUGUGCUGAGGGAUUUGGGGAAGGAGAUGAUGACAGCCUUGGCCUGCUUUCUUGGGGACAAACUUUGUUGUUUCAGUAAUGAUAUAGAAUUGUUAAGGUUAGAAAAGACCACAAAGAUCAUCUGCUGAUGACAUUUGGAUUCCAGUUUCCUCUCUUGGGACUUUGCAGUUUUUUUUUAAAAGGUGCUUAUUUGACUUCAAGGAAAAAAAUUUUUUGACUUUUUUUCUUUUUUUUUUUUUAAUUAUGAAUUAAUUUGUUUAUUUUUUUCUUGCAUGGUUUUAUUUUGAGGUUACUUUACCCAGCAGAAGUUUUCUGGCACAACUGUGACGUUUCUCUGCACUGAGUUGUGAGCGUUUGGUUUGUGAGCUGUGCUGCAAGGCUGCUGACAGCAGUGCAUGGUUUGUGCUGGAGGCAGAAAGCUGUGGGGAGAAAGGGGCUGUGCUGAGGGGCUUCUUGCUUCUCCCUCUUCUUCCUCAGCAUCACAGUGUGGGUGUGUGGGUUGUUGAAGCCCUCAUAGCAGACUGGGAAGAGAUCUCCAGAGGUUGGUUAGGAGCGUGUUCUGAAACCACUGGAGCUUUAAAAUUCAGCGCUACCCUCAAGCUCAGUUCUGUCAAAAUCCUGAGAUGAAAUACUGUUGUGUUUGGUUUUUUGUUUGCUUGUUUUUUAAGAACACACACCUCUACAAGUAGUAGAACUAACACAGCUAUAAAUGUACAUCCUUCACCCUCCCACUGACUUCCUCCCUCUCAAUAUUUCCCAGUCCCCACUGAACCACUCAGAUAUGCAGUUCCUUCCACAUCUCCUGCCUACCUCCAGCUGCUGAUGGUGGAAAGGGAAGGAGAAGUGCAGCAGAACUAACAGAUCACAUACUACCUUAAAUCUUCUACUGGCAAACAUGCUAAAAAUAUAUAAAUUGGUUGAUGAGACAAAACAAGAAGUCUCAGGGAUUUCAGUGCGAUAGAAUGACGCUCAGGUUAUACAGAGUCAGCUAGCAGCACUGUUUGGUAUUCCAGAGGUAAAAGAAUAGCAUGGAGGAAAAGGUAUUAAUUUCAUUCAUGGACUUCACUCCCGCUGCCAUGCAAUGCUCAUGUCGUUAUAGAGAGAUAAUGAUUUCUCACAUCUACCUCAUCUCAAAUGUUGCUCGUUGUAGACCGCUAGACAAACAAAUGUAUGAUUUCAGUAUCAGUAAUCAUAACAUACCGAAAGCCACAAACCUUUAUGUUAUAUCAAUCUAGGAAGAUAAUCCUUGGUGCUUUACCCUGAGUUCUUUUGGCUUUGUUCUGGUGUUUAUGGUAAAACCAAAGUGUGUUUGUUUGGAAAACAAACAGAAAUCCCAUAAGGAAAAGGAGGGGGUAAAAGCAGACUUGAAGUUCUAGGCUGAAAGAGCUUAAAUACAGAGGAUGGUUUAUAUCAAUAGAGAAAUGUUUGGGGUAAUCCUUUGUUUUUGUGUAAUAGCAAUUGACACACUUCCCAAUGGACGGUUGCUCUUCCUGAGCUUGUUUCAGCAUGCAAAGUGUCUGUGUGUAUUGUGGUCUCCAGCACAUCUUGUUUACGGUGAGGGUUUUCUCCCCAGUUUUGCUGUUGUUUGUGUGCUGUUUGUUGCAGUUACUUGAGCUGUACGUUUGUUUAAAAAACAAAUAAAUA